CUGCUAUUGCCACACCGCUAUGCUGUAUCAGUUGUUAACUGUUGACCGCUCCGUACACCGAGAAUGUCGACCACGAUUGCUGUCAAGACGAAACACAAGGGAAGAAAAGACAAUGUGGCAUAUAACCCAAUGGCAAUUGGCCAGAACAAUGGCAUCUUAGACUACUGCCGUACAUCAAUGUGUGCAUUGUCCGGGGCGGCUGCUGGCGUGCUGGGACUGACUGCGCACUAUGGGUUCCUCUUCUACUUCAUCAUGGCUUUCAUGCUAUCAUUUUUCCUCCUCAUGAAGGCUGGGAACAGCUGGAACAAAUACUUCAUGUCCAGAAAUGAUCUCAUCACCAAAGGCGUAUUUGGAGGACUUUUUACAUAUGUACUGUGUUGGACAUUCUUGUAUGGAAUGGUUCAUGUGUACUAAGUCAUCAUUUCUUAUAGAACAUCAUAAAUAUCUGGAAAAACGCAGUGAGAUGAAUGUGCAAUGGACUUUGGUCCGUAUGAAAACUAUUCAAGUUUUCUUUGAAGAUUCAGAAAAUGGUGCCUACGGAAAUGAACAGGGUUUGACAUUCCAACAGAGUUCUAGUUAGACAGUUGUGGUUGAGAUGUUAUGUUCUUGUUCACCACCUUUUUCAAUAUGAAGUACAGCAUUUCUUUUCAGUUUUUACUUAAAAAAGUAUGAUUUUUCAGUAUACUUGUAAUAUAUAAUGGAUUUAUAGUCCUUGCUUAAAAUGUUCCUCGUUAAAAAUAAUUUAUUAAAAAUAUUUUAAGUUAUAUGUUUGGAGAUAAUUUCACGUGCUCAUUAUUCAUUAUUUCUUUUCCCUUUUAAGAUAACAAAUUGAAGUUGGAACACUUGUACAUGUUCCAGGAUUCUAGCUGUAUUCCAUAGAUAAUUAUAAUUAACUUGUUCUACCAGAAAAUUUCACGAGCUCUUUUAUCAUUGUUUCUUUAAACUUUCAAGAUAACGACUUAAAAUACAUAUUAAAUACAUAUUCCAGAAUUCUAGCUGUAUUUCAUUGAUAAUUAUCAUUUACUUGUUCUGCCGGAAAAAAAGGUUUAACGGCUUUUGUUACACAUGGUCCUUUGAUGAUAUUUGCAUGCAUGUUUUCAUACAGCUUUAUUACUCUUGUUCAUAGUUUUAUCAUACAACUUAUAAGGUCAUAAUAGGUAGCUUAAAUUAAAUGUAGGAGACAUUCAUUUAAAAAAAUGACAGCCAUCAUUGAAAGCUUUACAAGUUUUCUGCCUUUAAACGGACAGUGUUUCCCCUUUAAUCAUACUUGUGUAAGGAUUGUUGUAUUCUCGCUCUUGUUGUUUUGGUUAAAAUUGUUACUAUAAUAUAAAUGUUUGAAAUAUUUUUGGCAUACUGGAAAUGUAACCAAUCCACCUCAAUAGAAGAUGAGUAAUAUCAUACUUCUGCUACUAAUAAAUUAUAAGUUACACUAUAGUGUUAUGUAUUUGAUUAUCAGUGAAGAAAUUGAGAUUUUUGAUUAAAGUAAUGGUGUAAAUUUAUUAAAAAUCAGUUAUCUUGGCAUACAGUAAUAAACACUUGACAAAACUUCCAACUUGAUUGCUUACAUAUUUGGUAUAAAGUGGGUCAAUUGUUCACAACUUUGUGAAAGUUAACAACAUUGUUAAUGUCAUCAUUGUUAACUUUCAAAUGUUUACUACCAGGGAAGUUAAUGGACAUACUUGUAAUUAGCGGUAUUAAGAUUUGAGACAACUGUUUCAGGUUUACUAAGUUAAUUUAAAUAUAUGAGCAUAUUAUGAAAUAUUUCAGGUUUAAAUGUUUACAACAAGGCUGUUAAUUAUAAUUUUGAACAAAGGGCCCAGUGUCAGUGUCUAAUUCUUUCAACAAUUGGAACAAGUUUUAAAUUGAAAACAUUGACAUAUUUAGCUAAAGAUGUCACCAAAUUCUGGCAAAUUGUGAAAAACUUAAUUUGUAAAAUAGCUUAAAUCUAUAGAAUAUUAUGUUAAAAAUUUGUGGAAAUUGAAUUGAGAAAGAAAUUAUGACAUUUAACUGUCUAAUUUCAAGUCUUUAUAUUUCAGAAUGUUAGAUGUUUCAGUCUUGUAGCAGAUAUUAAUCACCAUUAUAGUGCGAAAACUUUAUUUUACCGUAACUCAAUAAAUGGUUAAAUAUAUAUUCACUUGAAAAUUUCCAGUGAAAAUAAUUCUAACAUGGUUCAUAACUCUGGCCUUAAAAAUGUUUAUUUAUGCCCCUUGGCAAACAUUAGAAACAGACGAAUGUUGUAACCCACUAAUGGUGGUUUGGUGUAAUCAAACAUGUUUGUUUUCAGUCUCAAGCCUUUACAUUCUAGCCUCAAGGAAUCCCAUGGAUAUCAGGGCUAUUACAGUAAAACAUAUAACCCCCGGGGGAAGGCAAUUAUUCUCAUAGUAUAUGGUUGGGUGUCUUUUUCCAUAAUUUGGACCCCAAAAUGGUAAAUUUGCUUCUGUAGGGGGCUGGCAUAAUUUAAAAGUGCCUUCCCCCUGGGGGGUUAUAUGUUUAAAUUGUUUACCCCUCAGACACAAUGGCAUAAUUCUUAAGAUUAAUGUUGUAUUCCCAACGUUGACAAGGAUGACAAGUUACUUGUGGAAUUUCCUAGUCCUAAUUCAAUAAUAAUAGUGGUAAAUGUUCCGAAUAUAGAUGUACUUGUUCCCAAAGCAGGAGGGGCUGGAGUCAGGCUGACCAUGAGCUUUGCCAUUAAGUCUUAUUGGAUCAUUUUGUAUUAUACCUACCCAGUUGAAUUUAAUGGCUGUUUUUUUCAUUAAAUGCAUGUGCCCCAUUUUCACUGCAAAAAUACCCUUGAGGUAGAAAAUGCACCUAUCCAUGCUAAAAUCAUCACCCAUCAUUGUGGGUUUAAAGAACACCAAGUUAUAUUUGUGUCAGUAUCAGUGAGUACUUGAAAACAUUCUAGGUACGAGUUUUGUUGAUUUCCAUUAAAAAAGGUACUCUAAUUUUGUAUUAAUUUUGAAGUUUUUUCAACCAUAUUUUAUUUAUUAUGAUUGUUGUUCUACUAAACUGUUAACUUAAUAAAAAUUAGAUUAUAAAUGUUUAGUUGUGUAUUUUCAUGUCAUUAUUCCGAGUAUAUAAAUAAAAUGUUUAAAGAC